AUGGUCUCUUUUUGGCCCUGGAAGGGCGAUGACAACUCGGCCGCAUCCUUCGAAAAGACACUAUCGACCUUGUCGACCAAGAUCGCCCAGACCACCACUCGCCUCGAUCAGCAGCGCCAAAGCUCCCGUCGCUUCAAAGCUCUUUGGACUCUUUACUCUACCUUUGCCUACCUAUUUUACUCCAUCAUACUUGCGCUGGUUCUAGGAUGGGAGAGCUGGGGCGUGAAGGAGUAUGCCGCCAUCGCCGGCGGCCCCGUUCUUAUCUACGGGGUACGAACAACCAGCGCCCGUCUGUUUGAAUACCGGAUCUCCAAGGGCCAGCGUGGUCUAGACGACCUACACAAACAACGCGAGGAGACCAUUGAGAAGCUCAAGGUCGCUACCAAAUACAACUCCACGCAACAGUUACUCGAGAAGUAUGGCGGCGAGUCUCCCAAGCAAUCUCCCAGUCCCAAGGCCGAAUCCAAACAACAAAGACAGGCCAACCCACAACCACCCGCACAACGGACAGGACUUCCUCCUCCCCCGACCGCGAACAUUCGCCGCUCUCCAAUGCCCAGCGGUCCGGAAAAUGCCAUGCCUCCCUCGUAUCAGGCUCAACAACAGCCGCAACAACCCAUCCCUGCUACUUCUUCGAUCCCACAAACGCCUGUCGAUGAGCCGGGUUUUGCGCCCAACGCAUUCCCAAGCUCAGGCCAGUACAUCGAACAACCGCACUGGUACGACCGUCUAUUGGACGUGCUGCUAGGCGAAGAUGAAAUGCAGCCACGCAACCGCAUGGCCAUGAUCUGUUCGGACUGUCGCCUGGUCAACGGCCAGGCACCUCCAGGUAUCAAGACUCCCGAAGAGCUUGGCCGCUGGCGAUGUGGAAGCUGUGGAGCGUGGAAUGGCGUUGAAAGCGAGACUACUCAGAUUUUGUCGAGCUUACGCCAGGGAUCUGUCGCAGAAGCUUGGGAAGCAGGUCCCAGCGUGGAGGCAGAUUCGCAGUCACAGCCGGAGGAGCAAUCUGGUGACAUGACUCCGCCCAAGGAAGACCAGAGUACCGACUCGGAUACUUCACAGAAGUCGGUCGAUCAGGAACCUCAGGAACAGGUGGAACAGGCGGAGCCUGUGCGCCGAUCCACACGUGGCAAGGCGAAGCAGUAG